AAAAGUGAAAAUUUUAUAUUUAUUAUUAGCUAACAAAUAUUUCAUAAAAUUACCGAUAUAAGUUUUAUAGAAAUUUUGUCGUAGGUUGACAUGCAAGUAAAGAGAAUGCAAAAUAAAGAGAAACUAAACAACAUUAUUUUCAAACACCCAACAAUCCCACAAAAUACUUGAAACAUUCCUAUUUUUGUGCGUUAAAAUCAAAAAUUUAACAUAAUAAAAAGUUCACAUUAUUUAAAAUAUUUUCGUGAGCGUACUCCCUUAUUGAUUCGGCAUUUCGCCCUUGAAACAGAAUUUCUAGAAGUUACUCGAGAGUUCAAGAAGGGUCACGCACCAGUGAUUUCCACUUUUUUUCUUUACAUCUGGAGUUUUAUUAUGCACUUUUCAGCAAGUCACUUUACAACUUUUCCGUCUGAAUACGUCAAUAAAAUUUAUUAGUCACGUCGCAAAAUUAAAUUUUGUUGUAUUUAUAAAAAAAAUCUUAAAAUCAAAAUUAAAAGCCUUGACACAUUAAUUUGUUUUAUCUAUAUUCAAAAAUAAAAUCGUCGAACUCGAUUUCGAUUCAGUUUCGCAAAAAAUUCUUUAUUUGUCCGGCGCACGUGGAAAAUGCCAUUCUUUUGACAAUUCGUAAAACUAAUCCACUUUUUAUUUGGCAAACUUGCAGGAAACAUCAUCAAAAAUUUCAAGUAUGUGUCUCGGAUCUUUUAUUAUUGUGCUAAAUUUACUUUUCAAAUUUAAAUAAUUCAUGUUUGUCCAAGAAACAACGUAAUAUCUCUCAAUGUAAAUAAAUAUAUUAUUUAAUAGUUAUAUUAAGCGCGUCCCCCGACCACUCAUCGUAAAACUCGCUAAUUCCAUAAAAGGCUCGAUAGGUAAACACCGAACAAAUUUAAGGUCGUUCCAUAUACCAAGGCCAGAUUUGUAUUUAAAAUCGUUUCAAUAAAAUUCAAAAUUACGUGACUCACGUCCCGAAGAAAAUAAAACGUGAAAUUGUUCCGGAAUUGUGCCGGAAUUUUCUGAUAAUCUGGUCCGAAUGCACAGUCGGCGACUCUCGAACUUUCUCGAACGCGAGCUCUCUGGAAGAGUCCGGAACUCCCCACUACCAAAGCUCAUGUGUACAUAAAUACAACCAGUGGGGGAUUUCACACAAUUUGAAUCGAAACACGAGAGCGAGAAGUGACUUUAGCGAUUCGAAGCGUUUGUUUACCGAGUGAUUCAGUGCUAAAUAAAUCAAAAUGACGUUUUGUGAGACGGUGCGGACUAUUCCGCUUAUUAUCGAAAGGGAUACACCUAUGGAGGCCGAAGAUAUUGAAAGCGGCUAUCCCUUUGAACGUGAAGACAGAGAGGAUCCUUUUCGGUCUGAAUUGGACGACAUUGCCAACCGUCAUCCCGAAUUUGCCGAACAUUUAGGAGGCUUUCCUUUUCGUAGUGACAGUUUAGGACGUAGGUUUAGACAGAAUCGGCCUUCAGAAGAGGAGUUUCGUAGAUUCGGACGACCUUUUGGUUCCCGAUUUGAACGGUUCGGUUUCCCCUUCAACAGGGACCCUUUUGAAGGCGAUUUCGAAGAACCAAAGCCCCAACAACAGCCACAGCCGGAACAGAAACAAGAAACACAUCAGCAACAACAAGAAAACCCACCACCGGAACGAGGACGUAAACAGAACAUCCAACAAAGUAAUACUGUAGAUUUAGGACAAAAACAAGAACCAGUGAAUGAGAGAAAUCAAAGAUCGAUGUCUGCUCCGCCGCCAGAUAAUCGACAAAGAUACACUUCGAGCAUUCACAUACCGAUUAACCGAGAGGGUAUGGCCGAUAUGGGAGCGGCACAGAGUCAACCCCAACAACAACAAGACAAACCGGUUAAUAAACCGACGGAGAGGGUUAUACCGAUCCAUGUAGAAGGACGCGAUGAACCAGUCAUACCCAAACAUACAGGUCCAACUUACACGCAACAACAACAACAACCACAACCGGAACGAAUUUUCGGUCAUCGGCCUAGUCAAUUCACCCAGUUUGUCGGAAGGGAGUCUCCAAGGCCCGAGUGGCACCAUCAAGGGUUUGGACCUGAAGUAAGACAACAACAAAAGUUCCAACAACAGGCAGCGCCCCCACAGCCCCAACAACAAAAGUUCCAACAACAAGCAGCGCCCCCACAACAGGAAGUUCCGGUGCAAAAACCACAAGAACAAGUUCCACCACCACAGCAGCCUAAACCAUCCACCAACCCUAUCGAUAUAAUUCAAUCCAUUCAAAAGGACGUUUCGGAAUUAAUGUCCCAGGUUGAGAAGUUUAAUGGAAUUCCUAGAGAUAAACAGUACCUUUAUUUGGAUGAAAUGUUAACCAGAAAUCUUAUUAAAUUGGACAAUAUUGAUACUCAAGGUCAGGAGAAUAUCAGGCAGGCUCGUAAAGAAGCUAUCAAAUGUAUUGAAGGUUGUAUUGGUAUUUUAGAAGCUAAAGCAGCAGCGAAUGUUUCUCAAACCGAACAGAAGGUCGGUGAAACCCCUGAAACUAAAGAAGAAUCUCAGCAGGCUGUGGAGGAGAAAAUGGAAGUGGAAGUGAAGGAAAAUGAGCCUAAAAUUGAGGAAAAAGUCGAAACUAAAAGUGAGCCUGAGACCAAGGAAGAGAAGAUGGAAGUGGCUUCGCCACCGGCUCCAGCGACUGAUACGAUGGAAGUGGUAACAGAAGCGCCACCACUGGUUGAAGCCCCCAAGGAAAAAACGGAAGAAAAACCGAAAGAAAGUGAACCAGAGACUAAGCCAUCGGACGAAGAAAUGAAGGAAGUUUCGGAUGAGAGUAAGAAAGACGAGAAAACGGAAGAGAAGAAAGAAGAAGCAAGUGUAGAGAAUAAGGAUGACAUUAACAAAGAGAAGAAAAAGGAAGGGAAGAAGAAAGUUGUUAAAAAGUAAAUAGUUUAUGCCUUAUUGUUGAUAAUCUUGCUUUUACAAAGCUAGGAUAACUUAACCAUUUUUAUUUUAGUGAGACUGACUCGCUUUUAGAAAGUCACAGUGUAAAUAAUUUGUGUGUUUGACUGUGAUUGAUGUGUUUUUUUUCUUUACCGUCCGUUUUUAUUUAUUGUAAAUAAAAUAAUUUUGUACAUUGUACAAUUAAGAAUCAAAGUAUUAAUUGUGCCAUGCAUGAUUUGUACAAAAGAAAUAAAUUUUAAGUUGUUCAA